AUGUUAGAUUUCUACCAAAUUGUGAGGUUAAAUAUAGUUGGACAUGGAAAUUCAACAGUUGAUUCAACACAAAUUGAAGGUGAUAAUUCAGGAAAAUCAAGAUAUGAAUUUCUAUUAGCCCAAGUACAAAGAGGUCAAGAUGCUGAUGAUACAUAUGUAAUUAAUCCAAUUAGAAAAACUUUUCGUAUAAGAGCAUUAAUUCUUCAAGUUGGUACCACUUGUGAAUUACCUCUUAGUCAAACAGCAGUACCAGAUAAUAAAAGUUUACCAGCAGUAAAUAUAUUUGAAGAUAUGAAUGAUUUAAUUAAUAGUCCAAUCAGACGAAAUUUUAAUGUUGUAUAUGAUAAAAUUGAAGAAAUAGAAUGUUCAAAAUGUGAUUAUAAAAAAAUAUUAUGUUUUACAUGGAAAAUAGAAAAACAAUGGUGUCUUAUUCGUACAAGUAAUAUACAAGGAAAUCAAUUUAUUCAAUUUAAUACAGGAUUCUUCUGGUUUGUAACUGCAUUAGAUAUCAAUGAAUCAUUAAGAUAUCUAAAAUUUAUAAGCGAUAAAAAUGAAAGAACUAGAUAUAAUGUUGGUACUAUGUUUGCCCCUUCACAUGAUGAUGGAUAUAUGAGAGGACCUUGUGCUACAGUAUUAGAAUAUAAUCUAACAUAUAGAUGGAUUGAUCUUAAUCAAAAUUCUGCUUUGGCUAUUUCAAGAUUAGGAGAUCAAAUUGCAGAUUUAAAACAAAAACUUGAUGAACAGGAUGAAGAACAAAGAAAGAAAAAUAAAAAUUCUAAUAGUGUGAAACCAACAACAACACCUAUUAUUAAUUUUAUUAGUUGUCCUAUUUGUAAAAAUGAAUUCAAAGAAAGUAAAAUUCAACAACAUUUAAAAGAAUAUAUUAAAAAUCCUUUAUCAAAAGAUACAGUUUGUGAUAAACUAGGAAUGAAAAAGCAAUCAAUUGCAUUUGAUAAAAUGAAGGAAUUAGUUAGUAAACUUACAGAUAUUCAAGUUAAAGAACUUGUAGAUAAAAUUCAAAAACUUAUUGAAACAUAUGGAGAAAAAUUUAUCGAAUAUAUUCCUGAUGAAAUGAAAGAACAAAUCUUAUAUAACUUUGAUAAAAUAAUGAUUGGUAUUAUAGAAAGAUUACUUAGUCUAAAUAAAGAAAUUACUGACCUUAGAACUGAAAAUAAUGACUUAUCGAUUAUUAACAGAGAACUUCAAGAUGAAAUUAAAGAACUAAGAAGACAACUUUUAAGUUAUCAAAACUCUAAUUACAUAUUAUUAGAAACAGAAAAUAAAGAUUUAAAACUUACAAAUGAACAACUUUUAAUCAAAAUACAAGAAUUAAAUAAAAAUAAUUCAACAUCUACUGUUAUUCUUAAAGAUGAUAAAAAGCUUUCAGUUGAAAUUAAAAAACUUUCAACAUUAAUUGAUUACUUCUCAACUAAAGAUAAAAAGUUGCAAAUGCCGGUUUCUGAUUUUCCUGAUCCUCAUAAAAUUCAAGUUUAA